AUCUGACGACCGUUUCCAUGGAUCAAUUUCGAGAGAUUUUCAACUUAUAUGCCGAGCAGUUUGCUAAGAUUCCCAUGUUUCCAGUGUUACAAUGUGUUCAUUACACUAUCAUGAACUUAAAACUGCGGAUGGCAGAAGGUUCAGUGUCCUUUGCAUACUCACACCCGAUGUCCUCCUGGGUUUCAAGUAUCCUGACUUGUUUUGCUGGGACCAUACUGGCUAAUUUUUUGCUUGGAAACUCUCUAAUUUUGCCUUUGCUGGACACUCAACAAAUUAGUAUUUUGUCCGCCAUUUGGUAUCUUGUGUUCUUUUGCCCUCUGGAUUUGUUUGCCAAGUUCUUUAUGCUGAAACCAUUUUGGGUAGUUCUUCUGGUACUCAAAGAAGCCCACCGGGCAAGAAACAUUCUCAAGGGAGUGGAAAUGGCAGCACCACUCUACUCUGAUGCAUGGCUUGUUAUCGUAGUUAUUGGGACUGUAAAAGGAGCAGGCAGCAGACUUAUAAGACCAGUGGUUAAGUUUGUCCAAGGCAAAGUGGAUACUAUAAACGAAGCACUCUAUCCUUCAUUCGUCACUAAGCUGUCCGUUGUUGGUAGUGUCCUUUUCAUUGUGGUCCAGAAUCGUAUGGUGGACUUCACAACAGCUGAAGUUCUACUAAUCAUUGCUUGUGUGGGGUCGUUUCUUCAGGUCUUGAUGUACUUAAGCAAUACGAGUGAUCCUUUUACCUAUUUGGAGAGAGGCAUAGCUGCUGUUUUCUUCAGAGAACCAACUGAAAAGGCAAACACUUCAGACAGUAAGAAGAAGGAAGAGUAGAGACAAGACAUACUUGCCGAUAGAGCUCUCUGUCUUGAAUAUUUUCUUUGGUUUUGGAUAACUGAAUUAGUUGAAGGAACUUGUGGAGUGGUGCAUCUUUGGAAAAGAAAGGGAAAUAUAUGGAUUCCAGGAACUAGUGAAGACUUCUCGAUUCUUAUUUAUCAAGCCGUGCUAAAGCAAUUUGUCUAUUUUGCGAGGUUGAAAUCAGAAAUAAGUCAGAACCAUUCCAAAAGCUCCACUCUGAAAUAGACAGUUCACCUGAAAUAUCGAACUGCUGAUAAAAUGCAGAGAAAAUGUCGGGCUAAGUGACAUUGUAUUAAUAGCAGAUCAAGUUUACCUGUAAAUACUCUUUCUUUUUUCUACAAAUCAUAGAGAGUAGUAUAGGAAGAAAAGG